GCCUGCUGCCUCCCCUCCCCCCCCCCACCUCACGCCGCCCCCACCCACCACCCUCACCACGCCUGCACCACUACCAAUUCCCUGCCCUCACGCCCGCAAUCGCUCUUCUACGCCCGUAUGGCCUACUACUCCUCCUGUGGACCCUAAGGAGUUCACUUCACUCACAAUCCGGACAAGAAUCUAGCAACGAGAACUGGUGACUGGCUAACAGUGACCACCUACUCCUCUGUUUUCAUGGUGACUCUAAUAAGUGACCCACAAAUGUUAUAAUGGAAAAGAUGAUCCAUUUGACUGCUGGAAAGAACAAAAUUAUCGCAAAAAUUAUAUAAACUUUUGCGAAUGAUUGUACUGAAGUCUUGGAGCGUGUUAGGUGGAUAUUGACAGAAAGUUUACGUACACUCCUGGUGAAGUUUAAGUUGUGAUCACUACUUCUAACUCUGAAACAACGAAAGAAAUUAAAAUAAUGUGACUCGUCCUUAUGAAUCAAAAUUUAUAGGGGACGAGAAUGUGAUUUUAGAGUUACUGAGGGUCGAUAAUCCUCCAGUCAAUCAUUACAACGUGAACUCCUACACGACGGUCCUGUAGUGGUGAAGGAUUGUACUCAGGAAGUCCAACACAUCGGUUAUCUGUGCCACGAGUGAAUAAAAAACAUCCGGAUAACCAAAUAAGAUAAUUAUACCUCAUCAGUGCCUUCUCACACCUCCUGGCACUCCCGAGCAACAGUGCCAGUGGUAUAACAUGCAAUACUGAGAGGACUGUGGUGUUGUAUAGUGCAAUAUAAGCAACUCUACAUUGAUGUCUCGGGGAUAAACUUGGUAAAGAAUACAGUCUGAGUGUGGCACUGUGGACGGUAGUGCCAGCGGGAGUAUCCAUGUAUGUGGCACUCGGUCUAAGCCACAACGCACAAGUGGAGUCAUCCACCAAUGCCGCCGAGAACACAAGCACAUCGAGGAGCUCCACCCAGUCCACUUGAGGCAGCGCUGUGCCCGCCCCUGCCCGCCUGAUGUUGGUGCCCCGGGCUGCCCCAGUGUGCGCCAUGCCUGCUGCCUCACCCUCCCGCCCGGGCCCCCCCGGCCCACGCCCCUUCACGCCCUCACCCGGCUACGCCCACUACCAGAUGGCGGCUAUCCACCCGUCGCAGAUGUCGAUCGGUUACAGCAGCCGCCCUUCAGUGCCGACGCCUCGGUACCCCGGGGUGGCACCCAGGAACCACCUGGCUACUGCCCUCACCCAGCCGUCACCUCCUAGGCUGGCUAGGUCCCGUUCUCCCCACCCGUCCUUGAUGCAUUACGACGAGUCAGGGCCACCCCAGAGAUCCUUCCCACCCGCCUUCAGGCCAAUGGGUGUCCACGGGUCCUUGAGUUCACCUAAGCAGGCGGCGGUGUGCCCAGAGGCUCGCACCUCCUACCCAGUCCCUGACCUCCCCGACACCCACCAGAUGCCUUGGCCCUCCGAUGCCCCAAUGCCCGCCUCAGACAUGCCCUUUGACCUCUCUACCCAUAACCGUGAGCCUCGCAUGUCUCCAGCAUCAAGGCCUCUCGACCUCUCUGAGUGUGAUGAACCGCUUGACCUGAGAAUCAAGAAGCGGCAGCCAGUGGAGGACGAAAACAUGAAUAUCGUAGAGCGUCGCACUCCACCCUCCGUGCCUCGCAGAAUUCCUUCCCCCAAGUACGUCUCUCCCAUGCAUGAGUUCAGGUCGCAACACACGCACGACCUGCCUUCGUCGUCAGUAGAAAGUGAUCAUCCCGUCAAGACCGGCACCAUACAGCUGGUGCCAGUGACGAGUCCGGUCACCUCGCGCAACCCUCCGACAAUAGUGUACCCUCAGCCACUCCACCAGAGGGUUCAUCAACCUGUCCCUGUGUACUCCAGUGAGUGCCGACCUCUACCUCCUGCCUCGACCGUCCGAGCGCCCUACCCAGUGAUAGGCAUCCCUCACAACGCCUACCACCUGGGCCCCUCCGCAGGUUCCCCGCAAUUGGUUCCGGGGUACAGAGGGCCCCCACCGGGACCACAGGGCCACCCGGCCCUCUAUCAAGUUAUCAAUGAUCGUAUGCCAAAAGGCGUGUCUUCGCAUUCUGAAGUUCACGGUGUAUCGUCUGUACUGCCUGGCAUGACGGUGAAGCCCAGAGAACGAUACUCGUGCAAGUUCUGCGGCAAAGUGUUCCCGCGAUCAGCAAACUUGACGAGACACCUGCGGACUCACACAGGUGAGCAGCCCUACAAGUGUAAGUUCUGUGAGCGGUCGUUCAGCAUCUCGUCCAACCUGCAGCGUCACGUGCGGAAUAUUCACAACAAGGAGAAGCCUUACAAGUGUCGCUUGUGUGAGCGGGCCUUCGGCCAGCAGACCAACCUCGACCGACAUAUGAAGAAACACGAGUCAGACGGACCCACUAUCCUGGACGGAAGCCCCAAGAGGUACACGUCACGGCCCAGGGACGAGGACGCCCCUCCACCUCCUGCAGGCAAAGACCCCGUCGACCUUAGUGAACCCAUGGAGAAUAGAGGAGGCGACUUACAAGUAGCCGACGACGAUGACGAUGAAGACGAGUACAUCGACGUGGAAGAAGACGACGAUGAUGAAGAGGAAGAAGAAUUAGGAGAGAAAGAGAGAGAAAAAAUAUCUUGCGAAGUGACCAUUAAGUCCUCCUCCAGUAUAUCUCCCAUGGAAGUAGACGCGGCUGAGAAGAUGUCACAACCCAUGGCCGUCAUCUCGGCGUGAGGUCUCUCCCUGUCACACACAGUGAUGUCACUUGUAUACGGGCCAGGUGUCGGCAGCCGUUUGUCAGGGAGUUUAACACCUGUAUGGGAAUCAGCUGUCUUCCACUCCCAUCUGUGAGCAGAGUGAGAGCCCCUCUAACACGCUCUGUUCUUCAGGGAGAAGUAAAAGGUGACUGUGAGAGCCUCCGUCAGAGGGUUCCUCAACAGUCUCUGAAUACAGCCGUAACCUGUAAUCAUGGACGCUCUUAACUUCAGAAGAAAUUGACGCCAAAAAGACGGAAGUGAUAAUAAUUACUGAUAAAACUUUUCCGUGGAUGUUAUAAUAUAUUAACAAUAUUUAUCUAAAUAAAACAAGAGUGAGGAAAUAAGGUCCAUGGUUGUGAUCUCUGGAUGCUACUACCACAGAAAACGGAACAGAUAAAGAGUGAAGGAUAAACUGUGGGAAAAAAUAUAUACCUCCAAGUCUUCAAGCGGUGAUGCCUGGAUCUGGGGUCAACGGACUAUCGCAUUGUCUUUCCUCUUUACAUUGUCUCAUGUACAAACUUAGACAGACUUCUGUGUAUGGGUAAAAGAGUGCAACAUGCCUAUAGUCCUGCCAUUGUUGAGAAAAAAAAUGUUCCUUAUGAAAAUAUUUUCUUAGUAGAAAUUAUAUAUAAAAUACAUCUUUUUUGCACAUAUGCUGAGAGACUUUAUAAUGAAAUUUAGAAUUAUGUUAUUAUAAGUAGCCCACUGUAGUACAAGUAGCCUAAGUGCAUCGCCGUAGUCACCAACAAACUUACGGCCGUAUUAUGCAAGUCUGUCAGUGUGGGUGUUUGUCCGUCGAGUGCGGUUGAGAGAUGUCUCAGUCACUGCUGCAACACACCUUCAACCACACACCCAACUUGUUAUAUACGGCUUUUAGAACUCACGCUUCAAUCGUCCCUUCCUCAUCCC